AUGCAGAGCGCGGCGAGUCGGUGCGCGGUAGCCCGCGCGCUGGUCCUAGCCGGCUUUUGGCUGGCCGCAGCCGGGCGCCCCCUAGCCUUCUCGGACGCGGGGCCGCACGUGCACUAUGGCUGGGGUGAGCCCAUCCGCCUACGGCACCUGUACACCGCCGGCCCCCACGGCCUCUCCAGCUGCUUCCUGCGCAUCCGUGCCGACGGCGGGGUUGACUGCGCGCGGGGCCAGAGCGCGCACAGUUUGGUGGAGAUCCGGGCAGUCGCUCUGCGGACGGUGGCCAUCAAGGGCGUGUACAGCGACCGCUAUCUCUGCAUGGGUGCGGACGGCAGGAUGCAAGGGCUGCCUCAGUACUCCGCCAGAGACUGUGCUUUCGAGGAGGAGAUCCGCCCUGAUGGCUACAACGUGUACCGGUCCAAGAAGCACCGUCUCCCCAUCUCCCUGAGCAGUGCGAAACAAAGGCAGCUGUACAAGGACCGGGGCUUUCUGCCCCUGUCCCAUUUCUUGCCCAUGCUGCCCGGGAGCCUGGCGGAGCCCAGGGACCUCCAGGACCACGUGGAAGCUGAUGGGUUUUCUGCCCCCCUAGAAACAGACAGCAUGGACCCUUUUGGAAUUGCCACCAAAAUGGGACUAGUGAAGAGUCCCAGCUUCCAAAAAUGAGUGGGGCUGCGGCCUCCCCCUGCGCCCACCCCACCCUUAGAGGCCAGGACCGUGGCAGACCUGUGGCUCU